GACACACCAGCCAGUCGGGUCCGGUACAAGGUGGAUGUGGCCCAGUUCCCUUACAGCGCCAGCAUUUUUGACGUGGAGGAAGACUCAGGCCGUGUAGUAACCCGGGUGAACCUGAAUGAGCAGCCAAGCACAGUGUUUAAGCUAGUGGUCAUUGCGUAUGAUGAUGGGGAUCCUGUGAAGUUCAACACCACUACUGUAGAAAUUGCUGUCCUGCAGCCUUCAGUGAUCCCACGGUUUACACAGGAUGAAUACAGACCCCCACCAGUGAGUGAAAAUGCCCCCAAAGGAACCGUGGUCGCUGUUGUUACAGCAGCUGCCUUGAACCAGACAAUUGUCUAUUCAAUUGUUUCUGGAAAUGAAGAGGAUGUGUUUGCUAUUAACAACAGAACAGGUGUGAUCUCAGUCAAAAAGCCUCUGGAUUAUGAAAGUGUGACAAGUUACGAGCUCCGAGUUCAAGCCGACUCCUUGCAAGUGGUACGAUCCAAUCUGCGUGUCCCUUCCAAAAGUAACACAGCCAAGGUAUUUAUUGAAGUGAAGGAUGAAAACGACCAUGCUCCUGUCUUCACCAAAAAACUGUACAUUGGGGGAGUGUCUGAAGAUGCCAGAAUGUUUUCUUCUGUGCUUAAAGUUAAGGCUGAUGAUAAAGACACUGGGAAUUACAGUGCCAUGCAAUACAGACUCAUCAUUCCUCCAAUCAAGGAUGGUAAAGAAGGUUUUGUGAUUGAAGCUUACACAGGGCUAAUAAAAACUGCUAUGCUGUUCAAAAAUAUGAGAAGAUCCUAUUUCAAGUUUCAGGUCAUCGCAACGGACAAUUACGGGCAAGGGCUGAGCAGCAAAGCAGAUGUUCUUGUCUCUGUGGUCAAUCAGUUGGAUAUGCAAGUCAUCGUCUCCAACGUUCCUCCCACCCUUGUGGAACAAAACAAAGAUCAACUCAUAGGGAUUCUGGAACGCUACGUCCAAGACCAGAUUCCUGGGGCCACGGUGGUGGUGGAAUCCAUCGGCGCACGGAGGUUUGGGGAUGGGUACUCUGAAGAGGACUAUACCAAGUCUGACCUCAUGGUCUACGCCAUCGACCCCCAAACAAACCGAGCGAUCAUGAGGAACGAGCUGUUCAAGUUCCUGGAUGGCAAACUGCUGGAUAUCAACAAGGAGUUUCAGCCCUACCUGGGGCAGGGGGGACGCAUCCUGGAGAUCCGCACCCCGGACGUGGUUGCCAACGUCAAGAAGCAGGCACAGGCCGUCGGCUUCACGGAAGGCGCCCUGCUGGCCCUGGCUGUCAUCAUCAUCCUCUGCUGCAUGCCUGCCAUCCUCAUUGUCAUGGUCAGCUACAGGCAGCGACAGGCUGAGUGUGCAAAGACUGCCAGGAUCCAGAUGGCUUUACCAGCAGGGAAACCAGCCAGCACUGCUGCCAACAACCUCUACGAAGAGCUGGGCGACAGCACCAUGCGAGGAUACGCACAGCAAGAGCAACAACAGUUGCUGAGACCUUCUCUUCUCAGACCAGAGGAGUUAAGUAUGGAGUCUGGGAUUGAUCCAGGGCAGGAAUACUAUGGGCAAGAUUACUACAGUUAUGAGCAUGGGUAUGAGCUGCCCCAGUAUGGGAGCCGCCGCCGGCUGCUGUCCCCGGCCGGCAUGUACGACGAGUACGGGGAGGUCAUGGUGGAGAGUGAUGGUGGCUACUACUACAGCCCACAGGGAACCACAGCAGAAGAGGGGAUGAUUCAAGGCAGAGUUCCUUCAAGCGGAGGUAUAAGCCAGAGAGCAGGGGCUCAAGUAGAAGGUAGACCUUUAGGUGGUGGGAUGGAUCUCAGACAUGUUUCUGGAAGAGCAUAUAGGACCAGCCAGGGGAAAAGGAAACUGAGAGGAGUGAUGCAUUUAAGUCGUGUGGCAGUCAGUGCUCACAAACCAGUAGGAAGAACUGAGUCUGCUCGUUCUCCAUGGAAGAAAGCAAAGAUAUUCCCAAUGAUUCUGCAGAAAGUGAAAGCUGGUAGGAAAGAUUCCAGUUAUGCCAAGUUGCUGUCAGCUCGCCAAGUGGAUGGUGAGAAAAGCAUGAUGAUCAGGGGAAGUUACUUCCAGAAACCGACUGAUGAGAGACCUUCCAUGAGAAAACUGAAUCAUGUGUUGAAACGUAUUAGUGUCUCCAAGAAAUUUCAGGAGCCUGUUGGCACAGAUUUAGUGCAAGCAAGAGGAAAAGAGGAGGAGGAAUAUGAAAGAGAUGAAGAAAAAUCAGGAGUUUCAAUAAGUAUCACGGCAGAAAGUGAACCUGAGGAGAGUGAUUAUGAGAAGAAAAAGAGGAGAAGGAAACACACCUCAGAUGAAUCGUCUGUGAAGAGCAGUAGCUCCAGCUCAGAUUCAGAAGAUAAAGACUAUUUGAAAGUAACUCUUGACCAAGAUGAAGCCACUGAAAGUACCGUGGACUCAGAUGAAGACACUGGGCAUGAUUUUGGGGAUUCUGAUGAAGACUCUGGAUCCAGCUCUAGCAGCGAAUCGGAAGAGGAAUCAUCUGAAGAGGACGAUGAUGAGGAAGACUCUGACAGUGAUGAAAGUGGUAGCCUGUCAAAGAGCUCAUCUACACAAAGUUCAUUCAGCAAGUCUGGGACCAGUGAGUCCAGCAGUAGAAGAAGCACUGAAAGGUCAAGUGUAAGAAGUAGGGGAGGGAGCUCUCGUGGCAAAGGGAGGCGAUCCAGCCAGAAAUCAAAUAUUAGCACUAAUGCAUCAAGUAGUGACAGGGACACGAGCUACAGGAAAACUUCAGGAUCCAGCUAUAAGAGUAAAACCUCCUCUGCCAGCCUUGACAUUGAAGACACAAUAGAGGAGGUGUCAGAAGAAGAUGAACAAGUGGACAUGGAGCAAGACAGUGCGAGCCCCAAGGGAGUGGCAGUUAAUUCAAAAAAGGCUGUUUCAGAAGCACCUGCCAAUGCAAAAACUGCUGCUACUAAAGAAGACAAGAGAGGAAAAUCAGCUAGUAAUGGUGACAAUAGUGCAGAUGGAGGCACAGAAGAGGCUGAGACAGAUGCUAGUGAGAGGGAGGAAACUGUCAGUAAGCAUGAAUCUUCUUGCCUAGAAAGUGAAAUUAGUGUUACUUCCAAAGGGACAAAAAGCACAGCUAGUGCCACCACUAGUAAAACUGAUACUGAGAAUCACAGUUCUGACAGCAACUGGGCCAGGAAGAAAAGGAUCAAGUUGGUAGUUGACCCGGAGUACGAGACCAGCUCCACUGGAGAAGACAGCGCUCCCGACUCCAGCCAGAGGAACCGCCUUAACAACCCCAGCAUUCAGAACAACAUCAAUGGCAACAUCUACAUUGCUCAGAAUGGCUCUGUUGUCAGAACCCGUCGUGUUUGCCUCGGGAAUAAUUUAAAAGCCACCUCCCCAGUGAGGCUGGGGAAACAGUUCAAGAAACUGGACAAACUUGCAGUGACGCACGAGGAGAAUGUCCCACUGAACACGUUGUCAAAGGGACCAUCCUCUAGUGACAAAAUGAACGCAAGACCUUGCAGUGUCUCAUUUGCUUCCUCUACUAUAGGGGCUGAAAAUUUAGUAGCAAAGCCAGGGGGCUCCAAAAUGAAAAGCACAGAAGAGCAGGAAUCGGUUGUCAAUAACGAGAACGUCAAAGAGCCCCUGGAGUCGCACAGUGAACACACACAGUCAGAUGAAGAGGAGCUCUGGAUGGGCCCCUGGAACAACCUUCACAUACCAAUGACAAAACUGUGAUUUUAUUGGUUUAUUUUAUUUUAUUUUUAAUUUUAAUUUUUACUUCAGUUUAUAAUAAACUGCGCUUUUUAUUGUCACUGAGGACAAUGGAUGGGAUUUGUAUUGUGCACAUCCAUGUUACCCACCAGGCAACAUGCUUUAAGGUUUGAAAACAAAACUUGCACUCACAUUUGUACCAAUUAAUUGUCCUCCCCAACAACUCUUUUGACAGGCUCCCAUUUCACUGAACAAUACUUCAUUUAAAUUAAUUAGGUUUUUUGGCUCUUGAUUUCUUGUUUAAUAAACAGUAAACUACUAAUAAAUGCACAGCAACAUUUGGUUACCUUUUCAGACAGUUCUAUACAUGCCUAGCUUGUUUUUCUGUAUGGUACUUGUGGCUAUACUGUUUAGAUUUGGAAAUUGUCUAUUUAUGUUCAAGAUUUAUAUCCAGAAAUCUUGAUUCUGAACUCAGAGUAAUAAAUUAAAAAUAAAUCCAUG